CAAGCCCCAAUACUGAAAACAAACAGACAAACUCCAGUAAGAACAUUGGUCCAGGGUUUUCAUUUGCAUAGGGGCGGGGCCAAAGCAGUACUUGACUGGAGAAUUGGCCCCUUUUCGGGAGAUGUGGCUCAGGGAUUGUCCAUUCACAGCUCUGUCUAUCUACAUAAGGGGUGGACCCAGAAAAGAUGAAAAUUUGCAUAGGGGAGACUGGAAGGUCUGAGUGGCUGAGUGUGGCCAUCUGCAUUAAAAGGUGUGGCCAGGAUUUGCCACCUUUGAUUUGCCAGGGGACAGGGGAUGGGAUCUGGCCUCCUUGACACCUCCUCCCCUUCUUUUCCCCAAGUACUACAUGUCUGCACGCCACAUGGCGCUGUCUAAGGCUUUCCCAGAUCACUUCACUUACGAGCCCCAUGAGGCGGAUGCGGCUCAGGGGUACCGCUACCCACGACCAGCCUCAGUGCCACCAUCGCCCUCGCUGUCGCGACACUCGAGCCCGCACCAGAGUGAAGACGAGGAAGAGCCCCGGAAUGGGCCACUUGAGGAAGAUGGCGAGCGUUACGACGAGGACGCGGAGGCUGCCAAGGACCGUCGCAACAUCCGUGCGCCCGAGUGGCCCCGCCGCACCUCCUGCACCUCGUCCACCGGCGGGAGCAAACGUAGUAGCUCGGUGGACACGGCGCCCUCCAGCUCGCCCAGCACGCCCAGUGAGCCCCUCAGCCCCGCCAGCUCCGUGGGCGAGGAGCGCAACUAAGCCCAGAUCCCCCACUCCCCAUCUGUCCUGUGUCCCUCCUCCAGAGGGUGGAUGCAGACAGCGUUGUCCCUGAGUGAACCCCACUCCAGAUCCUGGUGUGAGCCACUCUUUCUGAGCUCCACAGUCCAGCCCCGUCCGCCAUACACUCCAGCCCUUACAGCUCCGCCCUGGAGACCCCUCACUCCACACUCCACAACCUUGUGCCUUUCUUGGAUAUCAGAAUGCAUUAUCUGUGCCCUGGAGUCCUCCCCGGCUUGGACUGGGUCCCAGAGGCCAGAAACCUGACCUUACUCUGCCUGGUGCCAGAGAUUUUCCUAAACCUGGUCUGUUGCUUUCCAGGUUGGCCUUCCUAGAGCCCACUGGGGCUUGCAAAAUUCCUCAGCUCAGGCCUGCCUUGGGGAACCACCAAGUGCUGGGAAGCAGGUGGUCUCCCUGCUAAUUAAGACAACUGAGUCCAGAGCCAGGACACUUCAGGGACUUAAGAUAACAGAAUGCAGGUGGGGCCUCUUUUCACCUCAGAACCCAGGCUCCUGACAGGCUCAUGGUUUAGCCCUCUCUGGAGGACCCUCCACCCUUACUCCUCCCAUGCCCCAUACUUUAGCCAAGCUGGGGAUGGCAGACCACUUGGUCUUCUUUCCUUCUGGAGAGCAUACAGUCUUGUUGUAGACACCUUUCUGGUCCUUUCUGGACCAGAUCCUGCUCCUUCUCUGAGUCUGAGCUCUUCCCUGAUUUGAGAUACCUGUACCCACCAGGGACUCCUGCUGAGGACAGAAAUGGCUGUUUAUCCCCACCCCUGCUGACCUCUUCUGCCUACCAUGAAACCACUGGGUUCUAGGUUCCAGCUGUUCAAUCUAGAACCUCACCACUGUGCUGCCUCCUGGUCCCUUUCCCCUGACCUAGAACUGAGCCUACUGGGUUCUAGAAGCCCGUUACCUCCAGGCUCUUCCAUCCCCAAGCUGUGUCCUGCCCCCAGCUUUGGUGAAAGGGAGGGGCUCCUCAUGUGUGCUGUGCCAUGCCUCAUGCACUACUUGGUUUGCAGUUGGGAGGGGGAGGGCAGAAGUCUCAUGAUUGGAGUGUGUCCCGAGAUGACAAAAAUACAUCUAUAUUUAAGAAUCCCAAGUGUGGCUGGACAUGAGCACUUGUGGUAGGCCUCGCUUCUGGUUCCCACAAUCCUUAUGGAUUUAGUUCCUGCCCCUGCUCCCUCUCUGGUCCCUUAUGCUAUUGUCCUGGAAAGACUUGGAUUGUUCCAAGAUCCCAGUGCUGCUCAAGACACAUCUGACUGCUGAGCUGACACUUAAUUUCCAAGUGUCAGAA